AUGGCCUGGGAUCACUGCGUGGCCGUGCUGCUGGUUCUGGCCACUCUGGGGCUGGGUCAGCCACCACACCCUCAGCCUAGUCUCCCAGGCCUGUGGCACAGCUAUGACUGUGGGGUCAAGGGCAUGCAGCUGCUGGUGUUCCCCCAGUCAGGACAGACUAUUCGCUUCAAGGUGGUGGAUGAAUUUGGAAACAGAUUCGAAGUGAACAACUGCUCCAUCUGCUACCACUGGGUCACAGCCAAGCCCCAGGAGCUUGCGGUCUUCUCAGCCGACUACAAAGGCUGCCACGUGCUGGAGAAGGACGGGCGCUCCCACCUUACAGUGUUCAUAGAAGCUGUGCUGCCCGAUGGUCGUGUCGAUGUAGCACAAGAUGUCACUCUGGUCUGUCCCAAACCUGACCACACCUGGACUCUGGCCGGCCACCUGGUGCCACCCACCACAUUCUCACUUUCUACCCCUCCUCGUCGUCCCCUCCGUCCCUCCCCAGAGCACAGCUUUGUCCAUCCAACCCCCACCUCACCAUCCCUCAGAUCUGGACCCACCCACCCCACCCUGGCUCGCCCCCAGUGGGGCACCUUGGAGUACUGGGAGGUGGACCAGCCAGUUUACACAGGGACCCAUCUGACUCCGGAGCAGUGCCAGGUGGCCUCUGGGCACAUCCCCUGCACAGCGAGAAGAAGUUCGAAGGAAGCCUGUCAGCAAGCGGGCUGCUGCUAUGACAACACCAGAGAAGUUCCCUGUUACUAUAGCAACACAGCCACUGUCCAGUGCUUCAGAAAUGGCCAUUUCAUCUUGGUGGUGUCCCAAGAAACAGCCUUGGCACACAGGAUCACGCUGGCCAACAUCCACCUGGCCUACGCCCCUACCAGCUGCUCCCCGACCCAGGAAAUGGGGUCCUUCAUAGUCUUCCACUUUCCUCUCACCCGCUGUGGCACUACAGCCCAGGUGGUUGGCAACCAGCUCGUCUAUGAGAACCAGCUAGUGUCCGCCAUCGAUGUCCGAGUGGGGCCGCGAGGUUCCGUCACACGGGACGGCACUUUCCGGCUUAAUGUUCGCUGUAUCUUCAAUGCCAGUGACUUCCUGCCCCUCCAGGCAUCCAUCUUCCCACCCCCUUCACCGGCACCGGUGACCCAGUCUGGCCCCCUGCGGUUCGAGCUGCUGAUCGCCAAGGAUGAGACUUUCCGCUCCUACUACCGGGAGGAGGACUACCCGAUCGUGAGGCUGCUCCGGGUGCCCAUCCCGGUGGAGGUCCGGCUCCUGCAGAGGACAGACCCCAGUCUGGUCCUAGUGCUGCAUCGGUGCUGGGCUGCCCCCAGCGUAAACCCCUUCCAGCAGCCCCAGUGGCCCAUCCUGUCUGAGGGGUGUCCUUUCGAGGGUGACAGCUACAGGACCCGAAUGGUGGCCUCGGACAGGGCUGAUCUACCCUUCCCAACUCACUACCAGCGCUUCACGGUUGCCGCCUUCGCCUUCCUGGACUCUGGCUCCCAGAGGGCCCUCAGGGGACCGGUUUACUUCUUCUGCAGCGCCUCUGCCUGCUCCCCCUCAGGGCCGGAGACUUGCUCAGCUACCUGUGGCUCUGGGACCGCAAGACGCCAACGCUCCCCAGGUCACAAUGACACUGCCACACCCCAGCACAUCGUGAGCUCUCCGGGGCCAGUGGGCUUUGAGGAUUCUCACAGCCAGGAACCCACAAUGGGGGCCUCAGGCUCCACCAGGAACUCCAACCCGAGGCCUCUCCUCUGGGCGGUCCUUUUGCUGCUGGCUGUUGCCCUGGUCCUCGGGGGCAGUGUCUUCAUGGGCCUGAGCCAGACCAAGGCCUAGAGGCUCCAGGAAGGCAACAGAGUGUGAACGGUUUAAUAAACCACGGUUUCCAGGCUACCGAUGGCAGGUGUGGAAAGCUCUUUGUGAUGCGCAGGACGGAAUUCUUUUAGAAGCUUGUUCCUUUCAGAACUGUGGCCUCUGUUAGAAAUCCCAUGUGGAGUGCAGUGUCUCCCAGGACUGAAUUUGGGAGGCUCCGCCUCUUGGUGAGGGAGGGCGGCAUUUCAAGCAGAGAACAGGGCAAGAGAAGGUAGAGGAAGGUGAAUCACAGCAGAAUCAUGCCCUGCAAGAGCUGGGAAUCGGGAACCUGGCAGGGCUAAUGGCCUGUGAGGGCCUGUCACCUUCCCGCAGACGCAGAGUUCCAGCUAGGUGCCUUCAAAGCACACUGCUCGGCUGCCAUCGUGGAUAAGGGGAACUCGGAGUUCCCGGGCCCAAAAGAACUGAACCCAACUUGAAGGAGCUCCUCCCAGCCUCCCAUUGAAGGAUGUGGAGCCACUUUUCCGAUCACCAGUCCCCUUUCCCCCCUCAACAUCCCAGGACUAGUCCACGUAGCAAUGGUAGGCACAGGAUGAACAGCAGCAGCCUAUUGGCCCUGAUGCUGCCUGCCACAGUGAGCACGGUCACCAGAUAUGUCAGUGCCAGUGCUGGCUGUGCUGCUGGCUUUUGUUUGCCCAUGGGUGACAUGGCUUUAUCUCUGACUUGGCAGCGAAGCCCUUCCCAGACUGACAUAGAAAUAUUCCAGGCUGGGAACAAAGCAGGGGAGGGUGAAGGGUUAAGCCUCUGGGGGACAGAGAAUAACCUGGCAGGGAAACCAGAACUUGGCUUCAGACAUUCUUCUGGGCCUUUGCUGAGAUGACCGGCACAAAGGGCACUGUACUGCUAAGGCCAGGCCCAUGGCCUUGACACUGUGCAGGGCUUCCCUUGCUCAGGCCUACUCCAUUUUUCUUGUCUUCAGGAUACUGGUCAACUAUGGGGACUCCAGAGUUACACCCUGGCUCUGUCUCUUACUAGCUGUGUGAUACUGAGUACGGACUCUGUCUGGGCCUCACUUUCUACAUCUGUAAAAUGGGAAUAAUACCUAUCCUCACAGGGGUGUUAAAAAGUUACUAGAUAAGGAUCCUUAGAAUAGUACAGAAGUUCGCCGACAUUUACUGAAUGCUAUUGGCAGCUAGAAUUUUCUUUUCUUACACCCCAAACUUAAACCUUUUUUUUUCUGGAGGACAAGCUUACAGCCCAAGGUAGGAGGGGCUGGAGGGAACCACUGCCUUCAGGCUUUUCCAGCUGGGAGCAGCAGAACAGGACACGUGGGCGGGAAGAUCCAAACACUGGCUAGGGACCGUCUUCCCCUCUGUGGCUAGGGACGAGGGUUCUGUCCAGCUUCCCGGCUUGCACAGAGGCUACAGGAUACACUCUUCGGGGUUAAUGGAGUAAGUGAGGGGUCCUGGCUUGGAUGCUGUUUGGAGGAACCAGGCUGGCUUGCUCUCAGGGGUCAGGGAUCUAGUUCCAACCAGUGUUAACUCUUCCUUCUCACCACUGCCUUCACCCUACGAGCUCAGUAUAAGCAUUUCAAACAGCAUGGAACGCUGCGUCCACGGAUGGUAUCUAGUGGUGUUUAAACAGAACGUGAUUCUAUAGAUGCCGAUGGGAAUCGCACCGUAUGACUAACUUUUCUCUGUUUUUUUAAACACCGACAUCUCAUGUUAUCAUUUUUAAUAGAUGCAUUCUCUUCCACAUUGUGGUUGAACUACAAAUUUGAUCUUUUUGUUAGAAACUAAGUCACAAUCAUGUAACUCAUUCUGUUCACUAUUUUGUUGGAAGAAACUUAGAACUGCUGGGUCAAAAGCUAUGCCCCUUCCGACCAUCAGGCUCUGGGACAGUAUACGUGCCUGUCCCCCACAGCCUGGCCACCACAGAUCCUAUCAUGCUAAGUAUUUGCCUACCUGAGUGUCAUAUGGCAAAUAGCAUUGCUGAUUUAAAACUGACCUCUUUGAUUAGAAGCCCCUUUAAUAUCUAAGCCCCUGAAGCAUCUUUAUAGCGACUUGUCUUAUAAAUUGCCUCUUUGUGUCUUUUACCUACUCUCCCAAAUGUUUCCUUCCUUGUCUAGAAAGAGCUUUCAUUAGGCAAGGGGUCAACAUCCAUCUUAUUUCCCAUUGAAAGGGCCACUGGUUUUUCUUUGUGGGGUUCUUCCAAUUUGCUAUUUAAGAGAAUUAUAUAACAAUGAAUAUUUUCUCCAUAUUUUUAUCUUCGAAUAUGACAAAGACCUUCCCCUACCCUAUAUAAUCUUAAAAGUAUCCAUUUACUUUUUCUGUGACAGAGCAGUGUGUCUCUCCUACUGUCAAGUGUAUAAGACUUUUGAUGGGUAACUUUGACAAUCGAUACUUAAAUUGUACGUAGAUUUUCACAAUACUUCUAUGUCGAAGAAUCGUCUGCAGAAACGGAUAUACAAAACGCAUGAACAGUGAAGGCCACCGCUGCACCAGGGUCCCCAUUCUCUCCCCAGAGGGAAGCAAUACAAGCUCUGACUUCCUUAGAAAGCAAAAUCUAGCCCCAAUCUUGUCCAACUUAAACUUCGUCCUUCCCCUAAAACCACCUCCUGGCAUGAGCAGGCACCUGAACCCUGACAACAGUUGAGUCAGACCUGAUGCGGGUGAUAACCGACCAUUUUUGCUGACCCGUGGCAGGAAGCAGGCCUGUUACAGGGGCCUGUCAAGUUUUCUCUCUUCCUGUCCUUUUAUUUAGGGAGGAGGCAGGGGCAGUGGCUCCUCCAUAAGACCCAAGGGACUCCCCGCCCCGGCUCCUCCUACUUACAACACAAUGAUUGAGAUCAAAUUGAUGUUGAGGUGCUUUGCCUUAAAUAAAUAGCGUACUUCAGCCCAAGAGUAAAAUUUAACUCCUUCAAGUGUGGCUCCAUGCCCAGACAUUUCUAUGAGGGCAUGUCACAUAAAAGUGCCACUUCUCGUCCAGCAAUAGUUGUGGGCAGGCUAGUGUGACUACAGUGCCCCCAGGUGGCCACCUUGGUCAGUGCUCCAAGGCCGAGCACAACAUGUAGCCACCCCCUCAUCUUCACAAGGGAGGGACAUGCAGCUUGGGAACUGGGUCCUGAAGCACAGGUCCAGGCACAGAUCCUCAAAGCGCUCAAGUUCCCGUGGGAAACAAUACGUGCUGAUUACACCUCCAGGUGACUUCCUUUUGGACACCUGGGACUACUUGCUGCUCUUGGACCCUAAACACAAACCUCAUUAGCCUGACAAUAUGGGUCCAGAAAAGGUGAGCCCUUUAGAACCAACUGAGACCCUCUUCCGAAAGGCUCAUGUACAAGGCACCACAGCCUGGAGUUACGGCAGGCAGGGGGUGCCAGUUCCCCCGUCCAUUUUGGCUGAAAUAACCAACCAUCUGUCAUCCCCUUGCUCUUACAUACUAAGAUACAGAGCAGGGGCUUCGGACGGAGCCAUAGGGGUGAGCCUAUGUCUCUGCCACUCAGCAGCAGUGUGACAUAGGUAAAAAGGGGAAUGACAGCAGUGAGUACAAGGUCCCACCCUCACCUCCACAUUAACAUGGUUACAGGUGUACCAGAGCCAUGAACCACAGGCUAAGCAUGCUCAGUCACUUGGCAGGGCAGGGACAGGCACCAGAGGCUUCCUAGAGGAGUUAGUGUGUCUCUGGGGAGGGAGACCCCAUAUAGUAGAAGUAGAAAUAGUAGUAGCGACAGUAGUAACAGAAAUAUCGCUAGCGAUAAAAGUAUUUAGCAAUAGAAGUAGUAGCAAUAGUAGUAAUAGUAGUAGUAAUAACGGAAGUAUUAGUAGUGGUAAAAGGAUUAGUAGUAACAAAAGUCGUAGCAGUAAUAUCAGUAGCAGCAAUUAAAAAUACAUAGCAUUUACGUGCAGCCACUGUUGUAAGCGCUUCUCACAUGCUAAUUCACUCAGCCCUUACAAUAGCCCCAGUAAGUACAAUUUCCCCAUCUUAUAGAUGAAGAAACUGAACAGAGGGAAGUUAAGUAAUCGGCCCAAGGCCCCACACUACGGAAUGCCAGAGCCAGAUUCAAAGCCAGGAGUCCGUGUCCAGAGUCCACGGCUCGCCUUCCACCCUGGCCUUGAAGGAAGAGGCAUGAGGCCCACAGGGCUGCAAGAAAGAUGUGCGCAGCUGCCGGGCCGCUGAAAGCAGGUUGCCUCCAGAAUGGAAUGAGAAAAGGUCUGGAGUAGCCAGCACACCGCCCUUCUGAUGAGUGGACAGAUGGCGGGACAGAGAUGGAAGCAUUUCAGAGCCUCAGGACCCAAACAUUAGGCUCCCAGAGCGUGGGACGGCAGGCCCCCCGUUUCCUAGGGCAGAGGUUUGGAGCGGACUGGCGUGGCGUGUGAUUACAGACCCUCUGAGAUGUAUUCUGUUCCCCUCCCAGCCCCACAGAAAACGCAGAUGUAGGGACACGCCACACGCUCCACACAAUUCAAAGGUGACCGCAGUGCCACUAAUGACCCACGGAUCCCAAAACCCCUGUACUCAUCUCCUUAGUUUUCCUACACGAGGCAGGCCUGAAGACUGCACACCAACAUCCAGCCGGAAACCAUUAGCUACAUGGCUGAAUGCUGUGUAGCCCUGGGGUGCCACACAGCCCCAAGAUGCUCCUCGUGCCCUCAACCCUCACCCCACCUGGAAUGAUGCUGCUCUACCCGCAAAACACAGCUGUCAGCCCAUCCUUCACUCAGCAGUUUCCCUUACUCCCGAAAUUUGUCCUGGCUCAGGAGAAUUGCAUCAUGGGUCUUUUCUUAUAAAAGAAUCAUCACACUUUUCAAAUCUAAGAAAUAAAUACAACAAAUUGGCUGAGGAUAUAUAAGACAAAUAUAUUCCUACGCUGAGCCAUGCCUUCAAACUGCCUCAU